AUGGAACAUAUAAUUGAUAAUCAUCUUCCUCAUAUUGAUUCAUUAGAUCAACUAACAUCAAAUUCUUGCAACCAUUCCGUACAACAGAAUGACAAUAAUAUUAAUUUUAGGCACGUUCCAGAAGGUGCACAAACAGAUGAAAAUGCUUAUUGGGCAGUUUGGAAAAUGAGCAAAAAUUCAAAAACAUUAAUAUUUGAGCCCAAUAGUGAUAAAUCAGUUAAGGAAGUUGGUGAUGAAUUAGAAGAAUCAUAUAAGAAAGUUAUUGGAGAUUUAUUUGAUUGUAGUUCAAUAAUUGAAUCAAAACAAAUUGAAAAUAAUAUUGAAAUUGAACAUAUUCAUAAUAGAUUCGAAUCAAAAUAUGCUCCUUUCAAAGAUGAAUUUGAAUGGAGUCUGUUCAUGUUAGUUAAAAAUGACAGAUUGUCAAAAGUUCAGUAUGAAAGAGUUGUUGAGAUAUUUGCUUUAAAGGAUAUUAAUAUUCCUUCUUAUGAUUCUAUUUGUAGAAAACCUAUUGAUUUUCAAAAACCUAUUUCACCACUAGAUGAUAAUGAUUUUGUUUAUUAUAGUUUAAGGGAAACUAUCAACAAUCUGCUUGCAGAUCCUUUUAUUUCUAAUAAUAUUUAUACUAAAGAUGGAGCUCUUAACUUCAAUAGAGAACAACAACCAUUCAAAACAAAUGGUUUCAUGAAGAUUGCCAACAAGAUUGAUUCAACUCCUAUUGUAUUUGCUCCAUAUUUAGAUGAAUAUCAAAAGAAUAGAACAGGUACAAGUCAAGUUACUGGAUUUUAUUUUACUUUAUUCAACUUUGAACAUAAUUUUAUGACAAGCUCAAUGGAAUCCAUUUCAUUACUUGGGAAAUGUAGAAAUAUUAAGGGUUUAUUUAAAAUGUUGGAAAUGUUUGUUAAUGAAUAUAAUGAAAUUGAAGGGAAAACAUUUAUUGUGAAACAUUCAGGUUUACAAAAAGAAGUAUCUCUUCAAUACGUAUUAGGUCCUUGGAUUUGGGAUUCAGUUCAAAGAUGGUUUACUUUAUUCAUGGAACAAUAUCUUUGCUCCAGAUGUCAUUGUCCAAAAAAUAUGUACAGCUCAACUCCAGAUGAAUUAAUUGAUUCAUACAAUGAGUUCUGUUUCAAGAAUCCGUCUUUAAAUUUGAAACAAUUUAUACCAAAGCCCUGUAAAGAACAUGAAACGGAAACAGAACAAGAAUUGCAAGUUGAAACUGAUCUCCAAACGCACAAUCCAAAUGAUAUUGAUGAAGAAUGUAAUUAUUUCAAUCCAGAAACAGGAAAAGAAGAUGAUCAAGAUGAAGAAAAUCAAGAAACUGAUAAUAUGGAAGAUGAACCAGUUUUAGAACAUACAUUUAGCAUUAGAACUGUAGAUGAAGCUGUUUCAAUUCAUGAAAGUAUUGAAACAACACCUAAAAAGGAAAGAAAAGGGUUUAAAUUAUUAUCAAAACAAGAAAUUGAAUUAAUUGAUUCAAAAUUUGAUUACAAUACUGUACAAAGAAAGCUCACUCAAAUGAAAAAAAAUGGUGUUACACUUGAAAAACAAGAUAACCCAUUGUAUAAGCUAAGAAAUCAUGACGUAUUUAAGAAUUCAACAGUUGACUUUAUGCAUGUGUUUGUUCAAGGUGAAUUAAGAAGACAUUUGACUGCAUUAAUAGAAUAUUUUUCAUACCCAAGAUUAUUUUCUGAUUUUCAGGAUAUUAUAGAUGAGUUUUAUUUAAGUUCUGGAGAAUCAAUUAGAAUGAGAGCAUCAAAUUAUUUGAAUUGUUCAGCUGACGAAUUUUUAGAAUUUGGUUUUUAUAGUAUUCCAAUAAUUUACAAGUUAAUUUAUUCAAAUAAGGAAUUGAAACAUAUUUCACAAGAAAAAAGAACUAGACAUGUUGUUUGUUGGGUAGAACAUAUUGCAUGGACGAGUAUGUUAUUAAGAAAUGAGGUAACAAUUCUUUCUAUUGAAAAAUCCAAAUCUAUUUUCCUCCAAUUCAGAGAACAUUAUGUUGAAUUAUAUCCAAACAAAUGUCAUAAUGUUAAUUUCCAUUGGGUAACUCAUUUAUUUGAAGAUUGUCAAGAAUGGGGAAGUCCUAGAUACUUUUGGGCUUUAUUAUUCGAAUUGAAACACAAACUUUUUAAAAAGUUUAAUGAUGGAUCGAAUCAUAAGGAUGUUGAAAAGCGGGGUGCAGCAUUUGAAAAGUUACAUGUCAGUCUUAAUGCUAAAUAUCCUUGGUUACGAAAGAAAUCAAAACAAUGGUUUAAAGCAAUUGCUCCAAAUCAAUACUUAAUGUUUAAACAAGAAGGAAAAUUAUACAUAGGAUGUAUUCAAUCACAUACAAAAGAUACAGUUAAAUUUGGAAAAGUGUGGAUUGUUACAAAUGAUUAUCACCAAGUAUGUCAAUUCAGAAAAUUGAAUAGAGUGAAAUCUUCCAAUUUAAACGUUGAUUGGAAAGAUAUCAAUGCUAGAUGCCAAGUUGUUUACAUUGAUUCCAAGUUUUACUUGAAUCAAUUUAUGUUAAUCAUGAAUUAUUAUAAAUUUUAA